AUGUAUGUUGAUGAGGAAGUGAUAUUUCUGCCUGCUUUAAAGACUGGCGACAGCGAAAUCACUACCUCUUCUCAUUCUCAAGGAAAUCCAUUCAUUGCUCAUUUAUACGUGACGUUUAAAAUUAUGAAUUAUCAAUUUCAAACAUCUUCGCCUUACGUGCAAGCAGCUAUGUCCCAAGCUGUACAAUCAAUGUUAAAUGGAGGAUCAUUACCUCCGAAUUGUGUGGUUAUGUCAGUGCCAUUUCAACAAGUUCAACAAAUGUUACCACCAUUUAUGAUGAAUUCUCCAUUCGGUGGUAACGAUCCGAAAGUCUUUCCGCAGAAAAUACCUUAUUAUAAUCUUUCACCAUAUUCAAAUAAUUCUCAAGCACGUGCUAUUAUGCAUCAACAGAAUUAUAACUAUCCAGCAGCUACGCAUAAAAAUAAUACUAAUAUUAAUAAUAAGAAAUCAAAGAAAUCAAAUCAUCAACAACCUCAUGCAAAUGUUUACAAUUCCGCGUCUUUUGAUUCAUAUAUGCGUCAUUUAAGUUGGAGUCGUUUAUUUGAUCAUUCUUCUCGAAAAAACUCUAAACAACAAAAUCAAGAUGAAGCACCAAUAAAUUACGAAAAGGGAUCGAAUGCAUCAAAAAACCAACGAUCAAAUUCUUCAUCAUCAUCGUCAUCAUCAACAACAAGUGAUGAAACAAUUCGACAAGUUAAUGUUAUUAAUAAACAAUCAUCGAAUAUCGAUCCAAAACAACAAACAACAGGUACUUUACCAUUUAAAUAUUCAUCUGAAUUUGUACCAGGUUUUGGCAAACAACAACAAUCACAAAACGUCAAAUCAAAUGAUGUUUUCAUUCUUAAGAAACCUUAA